CAUGUCUACCCCUCAGUUCUGGUCCACCCCCUCCGCUACAUUCGCUGGGCUGCGCAUGAGAAGCCAGCUAUCCUCGCUGCUAUCUGCAUCGGCGCCAUGGGUCCCGUUGCGCUGGCCACUAUUCCCCCCAUCCGCCGCGCCCUCGGUGACGUCGACCCUGAGCCCAUUCCUCUGACAUAUCCCAUUCCGCAGGGUCCGCGAGUGAUUCCCCAGGGCUACGAUGACGAAUAA